CUCAUCCCGCCCACUGCGAAGCUGUCGCUUGGUUUGAAAUUAAAAGGGGAGCAAGAGGGACCGCUGAAAGGAGCUGGAGGGAGCAGGGGAAGGAGGUGACACCCGAGAGCCCUGGGUCACCCAACCCUGUCCAGCCCCUGCCGCCGCCGCUUUGUUCCAUAUUUAGUUCCUGACAACUGUGCCUGGGGCAGGAACUCCCAGCUCUGUUUUCCCUCCUCCCUCGGCUCCCAGAGCUCUCAGAAAUUGUUCUUUCUCUCUCCCAGUGGCCACGGCUCGGUCCCAGUGUCCUGGGAAAGAUGGCAGAGAAGCAGGAGGAGCCCAGCAAUGCCCAGAACGGGGAACCCGACAAUGCCGAGGAGGGCGAGGGGACAAAGAAGAAGGUGAAGAGGGAGGACCUGCCACCCUUUGAGAUUGUGACAGGGGAACGCCUCCCGGCCAUCUUCUUCAAAUUCCAGUUCAGGAACGUGGAAUACAGCUCGGGCAGGAACAAAACCUUCCUGUGCUACGUGGUGGAGACGCAGGGCAAGGAGCCGGUGACGAGCCGCGGGUACCUGGAGGACGAGCACGCGGCCGCCCACGCCGAGAUGGCUUUUUUCAACACCAUCCUGCCCACGUGCCAGGCGGGCACCCGCCACGACGUCACCUGGUACGUGUCCUCCAGCCCCUGCGUCACCUGCGCCCAGAGGAUCUGCGAGGCCCUGCGCAAGAACAAGGGGCUGCGCCUCACCAUCAUGGUGGGCAGGCUCUUCAUGUGGGAAGAGCCCGAGAUGCAGGCCGCCCUCAGGAGCAUGAAGGAGGCCGGCUGCAAGCUGAGGAUUAUGAAGCCUCAAGACUUUGAGUAUGUCUGGAAGAACUUUGUGGAGCAGGAGGAAGGGGAGGAGGCCAAGUCUUUUGUGCCCUGGGAGGAUAUUCAGGAGAAUUUCCAGUACUACGAGGAGAAGCUGGCUGAGAUCUUGCACUGAGGCUCAGGAUCAGAAAGGAUCCAUGAAGAGAUGUGACAGACCUGGACACCUGGAACAGUCCCGCUUCCCAAAGCUUUGAUUCCAGCAGGAUGGAGAACCAGCCUGUGGGAGACAAGGCCCUGUGGGACUCUGAACACACACACAACAACACAGACCUCUGGUGUUUGGGAUUUUUUGGGUGUUUUUUGUUUCUCCCCCUCCCUGCCCCAAACAAACCCAAGCUGUGGUGAAAGGGAUGGCAGUGAUCCACAGGCAGGCUGUGGGAUCACAGUCUGGGAAUAUUUCAUGGGAAAAGACCUUAGAACAAAGCUGCUGGUUAGAUAAAUGAAUUAGAAAGGGGAAAAGAAAGGGGUUUAAGGUGAAAAAGAAGUUUUCUCUCUCUGUUCUCCUCAAUAGUCAGAGCUGUGAUUUAAUUCAGGGCCAACAGCUCUCUUCCAAAUCAUGACAGAGCCCGAGAACUCGGUAUCAAACAACGAUAUUUGAGAUAUAAACCUGGGAAAAGCAAAGUGAAAUAAAAUGGGAAGCCACUGCAAAAGCCAAAGCACUGUUUAUUCCUUCUUCUCUACUUGCAAGAAGUCCUAAAUUGAACCUGACAAGUCUGAGUUCAAGGACAUCCCAGGACAGCCACACAGGGAAUAUUUUGUAGCUGGGAAGGGAGAACUAAAUGCCAAAAGAAUUUCCAGAGUACACACAAGUGUUGGAGAGCAGGAUCAUUUUCCAUGUAAAACAAAGCUUAUGGGGAUGCCAUGAGUAAGGAACCAGAAAAACAACCCAGACACAAAUAAGGGGAAGGACUGAAUCAAUGAGCAGCCUCAAUGCCUGUUCUUGAUCAGCUCAUUGCUCCAAAUUCCUCUUUAUCCAAAGUUGUUUUUCCCAGCUACAGCAAUUCUCCACCAAGCAGGUUUACAAAACAUGGGCAAGGAACAGGGAGAGUAAGGACAGGGAGAUCUUAAAGACAAACAGGAUUUGUACCAGCAAAAAGCCCCACA